AUGAGUACUGUACGAUCGGUGGUGCCGCUGUGUCGAGUGCCAUUGAUACAGUGUCCCAUAACGAUUAGCGGAACAUUACUGGAUCCACGAGCUGCUACAGUACGAAAUCCAAUUCGAGUAGCGUACUCGAUACAAAGUCAUUCCAAAGAGCCGAUCGAGCUGACUGCGUCAUUCGAUUUGGCCGAUAUGUUUAUGUUCUGUGGUGAAAAACGGAAAACGUUCCAACUGCUCCCAUUCGCGAUCCAUUCGAUUGUGGUAGUGGUAAUGGCACUAACGGCUGGACGGCUGCCCUUCCCAAAAAUCGCUUUGAAGUGA